AAGAAUCUCACCCAGAAAGAAAGCCCUAACUAAAUUCAAAUUCACCCACCCUCCUUCCUUCUCCCUUCAAACUUCUCCUCUCCCAUAAAGAAUUCAUUUUCUACUCCGUAUGAUCUAAAAGGGGAAAAAAGAUUCAACGCCUAUUAAUUCCAACCCAACCCCAAAAUAAGUAAGUGAUCGCUGCCAUAAAUUUUACCCCAAUAAAUAAUUCACACCCAAAAAUCCGGGGGAAAAGAGAGCAAAGAUUUAAUCUUUUUAACUUCGAGCUUCUCUUUACCACAGAUAUGCUGGAAACUUCAGUGUUGGUGGACAAUCCCAGAGGCGGAAUCGCUGCCCCCGCUGCUGAAGCGGUGGCGGAGCUGCAGAGCGGAGGCGGCGGGGAAGACGGCGACCGGAGCUCAGGGGGCAACAGAUGGCCGCAUGAAGAAACGUUAGCUUUGCUCAAGAUCCGUUCAGAAAUGGACCUUGCAUUUCGUGAUUCUACUCUCAAAGCCCCUCUCUGGGAACAAGUUUCAAGAAAAAUGGAAGAGUCAGGGUACAAGAGAAGUGCCAAGAAGUGCAAAGAGAAAUUUGAGAACAUUUACAAGUACCACAAGAGAACAAAGGAAGGCAGGUCCGGUCGCCAGAAUGGGAAAAACUACAGAUUCUUUGAUCAACUAGAGGUGCUCGACAACCUGCAGUCCAACAAAACCUACUCGGACGAUUCAAAGGACCCAACAGAAUUGGGGUCUCCAACGCCCAUGGCAAUGGUAAGGCCAAACACCAACAUUGUCCAAGAUUUCAGGACGCAUCAUCAUCUCAUCAGCCAAACAAAACACAACCUCACCAGCGCUGAUGUCAUUUCAGCCUCCACGUCCACAACCUAUUCCUCUGGGAAAGAGUCUGGAAGUUGUGUUUCGAGGAAGAGACAAAUGGCCGGUUUCUUCGAGAAGCUGAUGACGGAAGUGCUAGAAAAGCAAGAAAAUUUGCAGAAGAAGUUUCUCGAAGCAUUGGAGAGAUGUGAGAGGGACCGCAUGGCGAGGGAAGAAGCAUGGAAGAGAGAAGAGACCGAGAGAAUGAAGAGAGAACAAGAGUUCUUAGCACAGGAGAGAGCCAUUUCAGAGGCAAAAGAUGCAGCCUUGAUAGCAUUUCUUCAGAAAAUCGCCAAGCAACCGAUCCCUGUGAACUCAAUCACGCCCUUAGAGAAAGACCCGGAAAUUCAAGAAGGGAACGACGAGGAGGAAAUAAAUAUUAAUAACGAGCAAAAAGAGAACGGUUCCGGUGAGAGAACUUAUGCUAGAUGGCCUAAAGCGGAAAUCGAAGCAUUGAUUAGAUUCCGGACGAAGCUUGACAUGCAGUACAACGAAAACGGGUCAAAAGGCCCUUUAUGGGAAGACAUAUCAUCUGAAAUGAAGAAGCUUGGGUAUGACAGGAAUGCCAAACGGUGCAAAGAAAAAUGGGAGAACAUAAACAAGUACUACCGAAAGGUGAAAGAAAGCAACAAGAGGAGGCCCGGAGAUUCCAAAACUUGCCCAUACUUCCACAUACUUGAUUCUCUUUACCAAAACAAGUCCAAGAGGGUUGUUGAACUUAGUUCAACGACUCCCGAUAAUCCUCAUGAUUUCAAUAUGAAGGCAGGAGAGAUGUUGAUGCACAUAAUCAACCAAAACCAAAAGCAAUAUCGGGAAAAACAAGAUGUCAGACGAACAACAAAUGGGUUCCAAAGUCAAGAGAAUGAUGAAGAGGGUGAAAGUGAAGACAGGUUUCAAAUUGGAACCGACCGCCUGUGAAAAGAGAGUUGAAGUGAAGGUAAUAAUAAAAAUUCCAAUAGGAAUUAAUUAUGGGGUCACUUUAAAUUAUGCUGUGCACACACACACACACACCCAAUAGGUGAUACUAAAUUAUUCAAUCAUACCAUACAUUGUUUGGAAAAUAGUGAUACAGAUUACAUAGUAGGUGUAUUGUGUAAAAAAACAAGGUGCAUCUUACUUAAUUUGGUUGCCCCACAUCUCACAUUUAAAGUUUAAAUUGGUCAGUUCUGUUUGUUUGUAGCUUGUACCUAAUGUAUACCUAAAUGUCAUUGAUUGCUGUUUUUUAUAUUAUUAAUUAAUGUACUCAAAAGGCAUCCAGAUGUGAAAUUAUACCAUGCUGAGGAUGUAGUUUGUAUGUAAAUAUGCUGCAUGCAUACUACCUCUCACCUGCCACUUUUCUCACAAUUGAUAUAUUGUUUUUGUGAAGGUUACUUGGUAAAAAUGAUUUAAUCUGUGCAGCAUUUUCGUUUGUAAGAAGAGAUAUGUUUGAUAGAGACAAUAUGUUAUUGAAGCGGGUUCUUUUUAUUCCACUAAUGAAAUGAUAGGCUGCUAUAUAAGCCAAGUGUUCUCAGACUAGACGAAGUCACAGUCACACAAAUCGGAUCUCAACAAUUCGAACAAGCAAACAAAGCAAUACAGAAAAGUAAAGACACGCGAUAUGAUGACGCAGUUCGGAAGAGAACUUCCUAAUCUGCGGGGUUUCAAUAGGGGAAACUCGGUCCCAGACACAUCCACUAGCUCAGAAAAGUUUUUACAAUCAAGAUGGUUGCAAAGUAAUGUAUCAACAUGCAAUAUAUAGACAAACAACUCAUAACGAAUAACAACAAAAGAAAGUUGAGAGUUAACCAAAUUUGAAUCCAGUCAGGAAUUCGAAGGGCAGAAGAAGACUCCCGGAUGAACCAGCAGAUUACUCCAAUGGACAGGCUUUCUCCUUUCUCACAAUCGUCACAAGAAGAUGGCUUCAAUCGCAGGAGAUAACAGAUCUCACAGACUCUCUCUCUCUCAGAUUUCUCUCUAGGGUUUGAAGUAUGCAGCGGAACAGUGCAGAGGGAAGGACGAAGGAUAUAUUAAUAACCUUCCACCCGGGCAGAUGAACUAACCAAAAGGCCGGACCCAAGAAUAGGCCCAACAACAAGAGGCUAAACAAAUCAAGCCCAAGGCACAAAAAAACCAACUCAAACAAGAGAUAACCCAAGAAGAAAUAAAUACAAAUCUAAUUACUUUGCCAUCCUAUCUUAAUUAUAACAAAAAAGAGCAUAUGAGAGAAUUAGGAUUAAAUAAUAAUCCAACAAUUUGCCCUCCUAAGACUCAUUCUCAUGUAAAGAACUCCAACAGGAGUAUCAUCAUCGCUAGUUUCGCAGGAUCUGAGAGACAUAAAUUUCCCCAUUCAUCAUCAACCCAUCUUUGAACCUUUUAUCAAGGUACCUCAAAGAUUUUGAAGAAGCUCCUGCAAAAAAGAAAUUUAUCAGUAGGGACAAUUUUUGUUCCAAAAUCAGCAGGAUUUACAUCCCCAGAAAUCUUUUCAACAUUAGUAUUACCCUUGGCAAUUUCAUCUCUAAU